CCUUUCCCAGGACCUCGGGAAUCCAGAAUUCCAGAAAAAUCCGGUGGUCGGUGCCCAUAGACAAGUGUGUGUGCCCCGAGGAGGAACAAGGAAGCGAGGCCAUUCCGCCGCGGGUCAAACGAAGGGAAGCAAGCCAAGCUCCCCACCUUUCGCCGAAUCCGCCCGAAAGACUGCAUCGUUCUUCCUCCUCCUCGUUCCAUCCAUCCAGGGGCCAUGGAUGUAGAUGAUGUGCUCAGCAACCUGCGUGUUGUUGGUGUUCCAACAAAAAGCGCAAUUUACAUAUGGGGUUAUAACCACAGUGGCCAGACUGCGCGAAAGGGCAAGGAGUGCCACUUGAGGAUCCCCAAGAGCCUCCCUCCUAAACUAUUCAAAUUGGGGAAUGGGGAGAGCCUAAGGUGGACCGAUAUUGCAUGUGGUCGUGAGCACACUGCUGCAGUUGCUUCUGACGGAUCACUCUUCACCUGGGGUGCUAAUGACUUUGGCCAGUUGGGAGAUGGGACCGAGGAGAGUGCAAAGGAACCCAAGAAAGUCAAGUCACUGGAGACAGAGCUUGUAAAAUCGGUAUCUUGUGGUGCACAUUGUACAGCUGCUGUUGCUGAGCCUCGAGAAAACGAUGGCACGGUGUCCAAAAGCAGACUUUGGGUUUGGGGACAAAAUCAGGGUUCAGAUUAUCCUCGCCUUUUUUGGGGAGCUUUCACACCAGACACAGUGAUUAAGCAGGUUUCUUGUGGAGCUGUUCAUGUUGUGGCUCUAUCUGAGGAUGGUUUGCUGCAAGCAUGGGGCUACAAUGAGUAUGGUCAGCUUGGCAGAGGCUGUACUUCUCAAGGACUUCAGGGAGCUCGUGUAUUAACUGCUUAUGCAAGAUUCCUUGAUGACGCCCCUGAGCAAGUGAAGAUUGUUAGGGUGUCAUGUGGCGAGUACCAUACAGCGGCUAUAUCAGAAAAUGGGGAGGUGUAUACUUGGGGACUGGGAAGCAUGGGGCAGCUUGGCCAUUGCUCCCUCCAGUCUGGAGACAAGGAGCUGAUCCCUAGGCGAAUUGUUGCCCUUGAUAGAAUAAUAAUUAGAGACGUGUCUUGUGGAGGCGUUCACUCUUGUGCUGUAACUGAAGGUGGAGCUCUCUAUGCAUGGGGUGGAGGACAUGUGGGCCAGCUGGGUGUCGGGCCCCAGAGUGGCUUAUUCUCUUGCUCUCUUAAUGGAUCUGACAUGCUACUUCGCAAUAUCCCAGUCCUGGUCAUACCAUCAGGUGUUCGUCUUGCUACCUGUGGGCACUCUCACACACUUGUAUCUAUGAAAGAUGGCCGUAUAUAUGGGUGGGGCUAUAAUAGCUAUGGUCAGGCGGCAAAUGCAAAAUCUACUUAUGCUUGGUUCCCCUCUCCAGUUGAUUGGUGUGUUGGUGAGGUGAGGAGACUUGCUGCUGGAGGUGGACAUUCAGCUGUUCUGACUGAUGCAUGUUCGUUAAAAGAGCUGUGUGAGUUCAAGCUAGCAGAGACUGUAAACCUUUCUAAUGCUGAGCUAAUAGAAGAUGUUGCAUCACGGACUGGUGCUGAUGCCUUGGCACGCUUGUGUGAGAAACUAAGGGAACAUGUGCAUGAUCAAGUAGAAUGUGAGCUCCUGGAAAAGCAAGUUCCUGGAGAAGUCAAAGCUAAGGCCGGUUAGACACUGAUGAAUAGUUGAAGCGAUCAAGGCUGAAGCCGAUUAAACCGAUAGCAAUUCAUCUAAACCUUAAUAUCUUUGAUCUCCCAGUAAUGUUAUCGAUUCAGACAUUAAUUGUUGUGGUCUAUGCGAUGGUGUGUGGACUCCAUCAAUUUUAUUCUGAUUGGUCUGUAAACUUCCAUUUAUGUGCCUCUCAAGUGUAUCGGAGGGCCAGAGAGGCUCCGUAUGUAUCAUGGACUUGGUCCGACAGUCAGGUUGUUGUACAACCUAAUGGAAACCUGUGGGUGCAACUGUAAGUGUGAUAAACUGAAAUUUGCACCAAUGCUUGUGCACAUUGUUGGUCAGUAUUGCUGGUACUGAUAGUCUAUAAAGAAGGAUCGAUGCUGACUUUAUUGCC